AACAACUAAGAUGUCGUUCAAUAAAGAAAAGGUUAAGAAGGAGCUAAUUCAGAGUUUGGAGGUGGCCAUGUGUAAAUUACACAGAAUAUGGAGUGAGAUUGGUAUAUGUGAAUCACAGAGACAGGAAAGAUCGGGGACAGUGAUGUUGCAUCUUCGCAACCUCCUGGAUGAAAUGGUUCAGGAAGAAGAAACUUUGAAGAAUUCAAUCUCACAGCGAACAGAAAAAUACAGACGAGAAUUAGAUAUCUUAACGGAGGAAAUGUCUGUACCAGAAUACAAAGCCAAAGUGGGUCUGUCAAUGCUCCAACUUGAAAAGGACUUAAAAUUGAGAUGUGAGACACUGGCUGCAGAUAAACGUGAAAGACUACAGGUGUUACAGACUCUGAAAGAUGAGGAUCAGAAACUCUGUGACCUUAUGUGUCUAACUCCAUACUACAUUCCAACAGGAACCACACCCAGUGCAGAACAGUUGGAGGCACUGAAAAAACAUGUCAACUCUCUCAAAACAGAAAAGACAAAACGAUUUACAGACUUUGUAAAUAUCAAGAAAGGAAUUGUGGUACUGUUUCAAGAAAUGGACAGAACACCAGAGUCAGACUUUGAAAGGGAUGUAAUCUGUGAAGAAGAUGACACAUUUCAAUUAUCUGAAGACAACUUAAAAUCCUUAAAAUUACUGAAAACAGAGCUUGAGGAGCUCUUGGAAGACUUAAAACAGGAGUCAGUCAAAUUGUGGGAGAGAAUCCAUGUCUUAUGGGAUAGACUUGGCUUAGCCAGUGAUGACCGGUCCACCUUUUCAGAGGGCAAGGAAGGGGUCAAGCCUAAUGUAAUGCAGGCUUUAAAAGAGGAGGUCACUCGAUGUGAGAAGCUGAAGUAUGAACACAUGCAGCGUUUUGUGGAGGGUGCACGGCGAGAGCUGGUGGAGUGGUGGGAUAAAUGUUACUGCAGUCAGCAGCAGAGAGCUGCCUUCAAACAUUUCCACAUCACUGACAAUUACACGGAGGAGUUAUUAGGUAUUCACGAUCAGGAGGUGGCCAAAGUACGACAGAUGUACGACAAUCACCGCCAGUUGUAUGAAAAUGUAGCUCGCUGGGAAGAACUCUUCAAACAGAUGCUUGAGUUUGAGAGGAAAGCUUGUGACCCAAACAGAUUCAACAACAGGGGAGGUAAUCUUCUUCAAGAGGAGAAAGCCAGGAAGAAACUCCUUAAGGAACUGCCCAAGGUAGAGGAGGAGGUGAAAGAUAACAUUGCUGCAUGGGAGAAAACCCAUGAACAACAGUUUCUGGUGGAAGGUGAGCGUUUUAUGGACUACAUAGAGAGCCGUUGGACCAGAUACCAGAAGGAAAAGAUUAAAGAAAAGGAGGAUAGGAAUAAAGCCAAGGCUAAGUUGAUGGAGGAAGAGGUGUUCUAUGGCAGUAAACCUAACACUCCUGCCAAACGGCGUUUCCUGGGUACCCCAAGCAAAACACCGUCCAAGAUGAGAAAGCUCAAUGAUGGUGGAGUGUCUGUUCAAAUGUCCUUAAAUUCCAAGGGAAACGAUACCACUCGUACGCCUAGAUCCUGUAGUAGAAUUGCCUCCUGCAGCCGUAUACAACAUAGUACUGUGUUUGCCUCCCCUUACCGUAAACCUCCUGCUUCUACAAGUAAACUGACUCCUGCUGGUAUCCAAUCAGGUAAAGCAUCCCGUCGACGAUCCAAUCGUAUUGCUCGUAAAGUACUGUCUGAAAAGAACGUGCAGGACAAUCACGGGACAACAAACGACACCAUGUUUAGUCAUACAACGGUAAGCAGCUGCUUCCAGCCGCUCACAAAUACAGGAGAACUAUCAACCGGGUCAACUGGGGACUACCAGGAGUUUGAAAGAGAGAUAAGAUCACGGCCGUACUGUCGUAGUAGUAUUUUACCAAGCCCUGGUAAGAAAGUGUGUUAAGGAGCAAAUAUACAUGUCCAUUGUAAUAUGAAUCAAUUUGUAUAGAAAUGAUGCUGUUACAAUGUGCAGUACAAUGUCAAGGGACUGAGACAAACUUGCCUGAUUUCCUGGAGCAAAAGUAUUUUACUACAGAAAACUAAAUAGCAAUGAAAAAGUGGAUAGCAAUUUUCUGCUUGUGAGGAAAGACAGACAACAAGUUUAAGAUGCAUGAGUUUGCCGACUACUUAGUCUAAUGUGUGAUAAUUAUUUUGCAAAUAUCUAUGUGUAUUAUUGAAGACUAGGGUUCCUAGUGAUGAAAUGCUUUGGAAGAAAAGUGGUCAAAUAGUGAAUUAUUUUCAUCUGUUCCUUUGCUUUUUAUUUAGAAUGAAACAUAUUUGCAGAAAUAUACUUUGUAAGUAGCUUGUAACUUCACAACGCUUAGUCUAGGAGCAAAAAUUAGCAUACAAGACAGUAGUUCUUGUUGUUCACAAUCACUUUAUUGAGUUUCUUCUCCGAAUAUCGAUGAA